AGGGUGUUCAGAAGGAGAGCUAGUGGAUUUUCCCUAAGGUGAGGGAAAAACUGUACGAACUGCAUGUGAGACAUACAUUGACUUUGUGUUCUUGCAUUUGCGGAUCAUGGAAGCAUUCGAGGAGUCCCAUGUCCGGUUACAUUCUUUCGAGAGUCCACUGCUCGGUAAUAGGGCGUCGCACUGCGCGAUCACAUUUGGUACUGCCCUUCCCGCAACUCUCGAGAAUCCAUAUUUCGGGCGCGAUCUCUUCAGGUGGUUUCCCAGAUAUUUAAAGCGUGUCGCUAUCACCAUUACCCAGCACAUCAGCAGGCCCUUGUUAAUAUCCGACGGUCUUGAAGAGCUAGAAAACCUUGAGUACCUGGGAAUUACGCUAUCAAUGAGUCCACCGCAUUUUAGCCGAUGGAGAGGUCCUUUCGAUGCACCGUUCCGGCUAAGCUACUCCUGGCCUGAAUAUGCGCCAUACCAACUAGAGAAGCUGAAAGAGUUCCGCUUGAUGGCAGACCAGCAGCAUUCGUUCGAUGAGCACGACAUUAUUCGUUCUAUGAGAAUCUUUCCGAAUGUUAAGAAGCUUGCAUUCGCACACAUUCUACUAGAUGAAGCUGGAAAUUGGAGCAUUCUGCUACAGCAGCUAACGGCCCUCAAUCUCGAAGAGCUAUGUUUGCUUGACCCUCGAAACCUAGUCUGCGAUUAUCCCCAACGUCGAAUCCGCCAUCUUCAUGGUGUUCAUGCACCCCUAUCUCAAAUUGCCGUUGCCUACACUCCCGGGAACUCAGAAUACCGACUACCGCAUGGUCAAGUACGUCGAUGACGGUCAUCUGUUGCUGGCAGCGCAAAAGAUUCGCCUGAUCGAUACAUACUCAUUAUGGACUGCCAAGGCUCACCCUGGGCUGAGCAGAACUUUCGAUUAUCCUGGCUUUGCCAUCUUCGAAAAAGGCGGAGAUGAUGGUUGAUCUGGCGUCAUCACUUGCAGUGUAUACGAAAGGAUCCGGUUUUGCGGAGAUGCAUCCAUACCACGAAGAAGUACGUUUC